UCACUUAUUCUUGUCCAGUUAGUGUUGAAUGAGGCCGGAAUCGAGAGUGCACACACUCGCAAGAUGUGAUUUAGAAAACGACAUAAGUGAUACAUUUGUUGUGAUAUAGGAAAGCGAAAACUAAUCAAAUCAAAUGGAAACCGGAUCGUUUACUUUUGUGUGUUUAUUAUGUUGGCUAGCCAUAACAACAUCUACCUCCAUAGAAUUAAGAAGUUAUAUAUCAGAAUAUGGCCUCCAUGGAACGAUUACGUUCACUAAAAUAAAGGAUCAGGUCAAAGUCACGACAGAUCUGGCGGCGACGCUCGAAUAUCCUAGUCAAGUAUGGUCCUGGACGAUAACCGAGUUCCCUGUAGACUACACUGAGAUUGACAAUCGUUGUUCCCCCGAAAAACUGGGAAAAAGUCUGCUCGGAUUGGAUGACAUAUUUGGAUAUCUGGUCAUCCCUGACAACAACACCGUCGAACUGAUUACAGACGAAAUAAAAAUUUACGGGGACUCGGGAAUAUAUGGCAAGACACUUUUGCUAGAAGAAGUGGAAACCAACAGAAGGAUUUGCGCGUCGAUGACCAUGGUAGACAAAACCAAAGAGAAGAUAGCGGUUGCCAGAUUCAACGCGCCCGUCGCUGGAAACGUGUACUUUAGAUGGUUUUCAACCAAAGAUAAUCACAGCGACAUGUUGAUAACCGCCGACUUAUACCACGUUAAAAGAAAAGAAAAGUACGACAAAUAUUUAGAGUUUACGGAACACGGUUGGAAAAUCUAUGCGACGGAUAUAUUUGACGACACCGACAGGUCGGAGGACAACUGUAAUAUUUUACAGUUGGUUUUUGACCCGCAGAACAAUGGUCCAGGUAAAGCUCUUGGCGACGUCGAUUCGAGAUUGGGAAAGUUAAAAGUUUCGACCAAUUACAACAAGAGCAAAUAUAAAACUAUGUUCAGGGACAGCGAAGUAAUAUUGCUCCCGAGUGAUCUAACUGGUCCACACAGACGUUUGUAUCUCGUUCUGUUUGAAAAAAAGCACCAGGACGUGUUUUUGGCGUGCGCGAAAAUUCGUUACGAACACCCUGUACAUGCGAGAGUAAUUAUACAGUCAGGCGGCAUUAAAGGUGACAUUACGAUGAUUCAACACAAUAGAUUCGAACCAACUUUCCUUAAUUUCAAUCUAACCACUGCUCGAGGUGAUCUGGAAACGAGGAUCGUCUAUAGUUCGACAGUUGCUGCGUACAAAAUCCACGAAUUGCCUAUCAAACCCGCAAAAACGGUCGGACAAAAUGUAAACUCUUGUUUGACGACCAAAUACGUCUACAAUCCUCUCAAGAUCGACAUGAGCACCACACCACCAAGCGGGUAUGGAACGCAGAAUCAGUACGCAAUUGGUGACUUAUCGGGAAAACUUCUAAAUAGGAAUAAUGCUUCAGUGUUAGUCCCAGGAGGUCAGGAAUUGAACGGUACAUUUUGGGACAUAUAUUUGCCACUGAGUGGCAGCCAUUCGGUCGUUCAUAGAUCUUUGGUCAUCUACAAGAGUACGACCUAUCCAACAUCCGAAUCGGUAGCGGAACCUUGGAUUUGCGGUGGUAUUGCACUAUACGAACCUGAUUUCAAAUAUCAGAAGCAAAUCUUUACCGCCCAAGUGGUAUUCAGGUAUCCCACGGUCGGUAGAUUGUUAAUGAGGCAAGUUAAGGACGAACCAUGGACGGAUACCUCCAUUUUAAUUGAGUACUUGGUGCAUGCAGACGGUGCCACUUUGAAUAAUUCGGCUGAUCAUCGGUGGGCGAUCCACGAGCUUCCACCCGGCAAAGAUUUUUAUAAUUGGACAGGAAGAUGUUUAAGCGCAGGAGAUGUGUACAACCCAUUCAAGAUCGAUUACGACAAUACAUCGAAAGUAGAACAAUGCAGUUUGGACGCCAUCGGGCUUUGUCGUGUUGGAGACUUAUCAAAGCGAAUGGGAACUCUGGAAAUUUCCGGAAAUAUCGCGGAUAGUGACAGAAUUUCGAGAAAAAUGUGGACCGCUACGCAGUUGCCAUUGACCGGUCAUCAUAGCGUGUUAGGAAAGUCGUUUGUGUUGUAUGAUGAUUUUGGGCCUAAAGCCAGGGGCGAAAGAUUGGCUUGUUCGAUUAUUGGCGGGGUAUAUCGCAGAAAAGCGGUCGCCCGAGAUUGGUUUCCGAAUGGUGGGGAAUUGACAGCGAAAGGAAAAAUCGAAUUCUUUCAGCAAACAGAAUACGACAUUACCGACGUUGAAGUUGGCUUAGAAGGGCUGCAGGAUAACAGCGGAUACCAUAUCCACGUGACUCCGGUGGAAGAAAACUUGGAAUUUCCUUGUGAAGCCACUUCCUUAUAUGGACAUUGGAAUCCUCUAAAUGUGGAUCCGAUAUCGUCGCCGACCAGAUAUCAUGGCACGCCCGAUCAGUACGAAAUGGGCGAUUUGAGCGGAAAAUUUGGGAGCUUGGACAAUUAUACCAUUUACAAAACAUCCUACAAUGACACCAUGUUACCGUUGUUCGGACCCAGGAGCAUACUCGGCAGGUCGAUAAUAAUUCAUAAAAAAAUCGGCAACAAAAGAUGGGCAUGUUCGACUAUUGAAAGGGGCUACAGUCCUUCGGAGGCACGCGAAAUAAGAGCAAUAGCGUCGUUCCAUCACCCACUGGGAUAUGCAUAUGGGUACAUGAAAAUGAGACAACUUAUUUAUAAUGACGGCAGCCACAGUGACACCACCAUAGAAGUGAAACUACGUCAUCCAGGAAUAAACGACCGUAAUGUGACGAGAGAUCACGAUUGGGCCAUUUACGUGAAUCCAGUAGGCGUGGACGCGGCCGUUAAAACCCAAGCGACUCGAUGCGUGGCAGGCGGCUACGUGUGGAAUCCAUUUUAUACGCAGUUGGCCGACCCUACAAAUCACGAUUUGUAUCGUCAAGAAUGCGGACCGGAAAAUCCGUUACGAUGUUAUGUCGGCGACCUCUCAGCAAGGCUGGGCACUAUCGACAUCGGCCUCAAGAGAAAGUUAUUUGUGGAUUCCAAUUUUCCGCUGGAAGGCGAAGUGUCUGCGGUGGGCAGAUCUAUAGUGAUAUUGAGUCCCGAUCGCAAGGGCGAGCGAUACGCAUGCGCCAACAUAGAACCGGACUAUGAUAUCAUAAAGUAUGCCAAUAUAGAAAGGCCUCCCAGAUUUGUGGUGGCACAAUUCAUAGAGGACGUGCGAGAGGUGAUGGGGAUUCCGGAGUGGUUCCUGACGGUGGACACCAGAAAAACCAAAACCCUGCAUAAUAACGCUUGCGUUCAAUUGUUGCUUCAUUUCAAAGGGCCGAUCGCCAAUCGGCUGGAACAAGAUUUCAAUUACCUGUUAACGGUCGGGCGUUUGGAAACGCCGACGCUCUACAUUCCCGGUUACAUCAAGGAAAAACGGAAAACCAAGAUACCGUACAAGUUAUGCGGAGUUAGAGAUCCCAAUGAGAAAAGUUCAAAGAAAAGCAGUUUCUUCUUCAGCUCGGGAUCGACUAAUCUUCAUUUGACUGAUUUAGGCGUAUUUUUAUGUGUAUUAGUUGGUAAAUUAUUUAUACUUUAAUUUAUUGUAAAAAUGUAAUAUAAGCG